UUUCCUGAGCAUAGCCGCCUAAAAUAUCGCUCGCCAACUUGCUCCCUCGUCCCCGUAUGGCCAGGCUUUGCGCUUCUAUAUAUAGCUCUCAACAGAAGCAGGGUCAGUGUCACAUUUUGUUGAUGAACGUGGAUUCUUCUCAAGAAAUUGGCACUAGUUUACAGAACAAUCCGGUUUCUUUACAGACUGUACACAUGCCAGGGAAUAAGUAUAACUGUAGCCCUGUGACACCAAGAACUAGAUUGGAAAGGCUUCUGAGGGAAAGAGAGAGAAGGAAAUCCAACCGGUGUUUCCCAUCAAGUGAGGAAGCAAGAAAUUGCAACGGAGAGGCAGAAAUCCAUGUGAAUGAUUCAUGUUCAACCGAGAAUAAUAAUUUGGGUCUACCUAGGGAGGAAGAGUUCUUGAAUGGGGUUGCAGCUGCAAGAACUUUUCUGGCUGAUGGAUGCCAAAGGCAAGAUGGGCGCCCUUCUAAACAAAGAUUGUUGGUGGUAGCCAAUAGGUUGCCGGUCUCUGCUAUCCGAAGGGGUGAGGACUCAUGGCAACUUGAGGUAAGUGCUGGAGGGCUAGUCACUGCACUUUUAGGCCUGAAGGAGUUUGAUGCCAAAUGGAUUGGUUGGGCUGGUGUAAAUGUACCCGAUGAAGUUGGACAAAGAGCACUCACUAACGCCUUAGCUGAAAAGAGGUGCAUCCCAAUAUUUCUUGAUGAGGAGAUGGUUCAUCAGUAUUAUAAUGGUUACUGUAACAACAUCUUGUGGCCUCUUUUCCAUUAUCUCGGGAUUCCACAGGAAGAUCGACUUGCAACCACCCGUAGUUUCCAGUCUCAAUUUGAUGCAUAUAAGAAGGCAAACCAAAUGUUUGCUGAAGUAGUGAAAGAACAUUACAAGGAGGGAGAUGUAGUUUGGUGCCAUGAUUACCACCUAAUGUUUCUUCCGAAAUAUCUAAAAGAAUAUAACAACAAAAUGAAAGUUGGUUGGUUUCUUCAUACUCCCUUUCCCUCCUCUGAAAUACAUAGAAUGCUGCCUUCUCGGUCAGAGCUGUUGAGAUCUGUUCUUGCUGCUGAUUUAGUUGGUUUCCACACAUAUGAUUACGCAAGGCAUUUUGUAAGUGCUUGCACUCGUAUCCUUGGACUUGAGGGUACGCCUGAAGGAGUAGAGGAUCAAGGAAAGCUUACACGUGUAGCUGCGUUUCCUAUUGGGAUAGAUUAUGAACGAUUUAUUCGAGCUCUUGAACUCCCUCAAGUUCAGAAUCACAUGAAAGAACUGAAACAAAGAUUUGCCGGCCGAAAGGUAAUGUUGGGGGUCGAUCGUCUUGAUAUGAUUAAGGGAAUCCCCCAAAAGAUUUUGGCGUUUGAAAAGUUCCUUGAAGAAAAUCCACAUUGGCGUGAUCGAGUUGUUUUGCUGCAGAUUGCAGUACCAACAAGGACGGAUGUUCCUGAGUAUCAAAAGCUUACAAGCCAGGUUCAUGAGAUUGUUGGACGCAUUAAUGGGAAAUUUGGUACUCUAACUGCGGUUCCAAUACAUCAUCUGGAUCGAUCUCUCGACUUUCAUGCAUUAUGUGCACUAUAUGCUAUUACUGAUGUAGCACUCGUAACAUCUUUAAGGGAUGGAAUGAAUCUUGUCAGCUAUGAGUUUGUUGCCUGCCAAGCUUCCAACAAAGGAGUUCUCAUUCUAAGUGAGGUGCAGCACAGUCUCUUGGGGCUGGGGCUAUUUUGGUAAACCCAUGGAACGUGAC